UUGCCUUUCUCUUCUUCCGUCCCGUUUAGGAGGGAAUUCUGUCAAAGCAUUAAUAAUCUCAAUGCAAACCAUUCUUCUCCUGGAGUUUUUUUACUUCUGAUUGAGCAGCCAAACCAAAAACCAUCCUCUCCUCCCCAAUCCCCAUGCAAAUGCAUCACCACAUUGCUUGUAUCAAAGAUAAUUACAAAAAUAUUUAUACACAUACAACAAAUAUAACCACAAAACAUAACAAGGACAAGAGGGUCCGAAUGACAACCAAGUCGAAACAACAAUUACAUUGGAUCUACCGGGUAACAAUGCAUUACAUUACAAACAUGAGAAUCCGUUCUUCUGUUGGCAUCUCUCUUUCCGCAUUGCUUUCAACGGAUUAUUCCUGUCCCUAUAUAUUCUUAUAUUUUCCGUUUGCUGGCUCACUCAUGAUUGCUACCACUACAUUUCCGUCCUUCCCUUUUCUCCUCAUUUCACCAAUCUUCGCCAAGUUUCAUCACCAGUAUGGUAAUGUGGAGAUAGGACUAGUAGUUAUUAGUAGUUGAAAAAGUAUCGCAUCUAUAUGACAUGGCUGAUGAAAGCAAUUGGAGUGAACAUAUGAACAAAGAAGAAACUACAGCACAUUCGUCAGUAUCAGAGGGUGAGAAGAUCCCAGAAUAUAUGAGCAACCAACAAGAUACGGAAAAGGUCAAUGACAAAGAGAAAGACAUUCAUACUGUACCUUAUUACAAGUUAUUCUCCUUUGCUGACUCGCUGGACAUUCUAUUAAUAACUAUUGGCACUGUUGCUGCUUUCGGAAAUGGAAUCUGUAUGCCACUUAUGACCAUACUCUUAGGAGAACUAAUUGAUUCUAUCGGCAAAUCUGCAAGCACGUCUACUGUGGCACAUAACGUUGCUCAGGUGUCUCUGAAGUUUAUCUAUUUGGCUUUGGGAUCUGGUUUUGCAUCAUUCUUUCAGGUGGCAUGCUGGAUGAUCACAGGGGAAAGGCAGGCUGCUCGAAUAAGAAGUUUAUACUUGAAAGCUGUACUGAGGCAGGAUAUUAGUUUCUUUGAUAAAGAAGCUAAUACUGGAGAAGUUGUUGGGAGGAUGUCAGGUGACACCAUUCUGAUUCAGGAUGCUAUGGGUGAAAAGGUUGGAAAUUUUAUUCAGCUGCUAGCUUCAUUUGUAGGAGGUUUUCUGGUAGCUUUCCUUAAGGGGUGGCUUCUCACACUUGUCAUGCUAUCUUUAAUUCCACCUAUUGUUCUCUCUGGUGCAAUCAUGAAUAAGCUUGUAGGCAAGCUGGCAUCUCGUGGACAAACUUCCUAUACAGUUGCAGCAAAUAUUCUUGAGCAAACAAUUGGCUCAAUAAGAACUGUUGCAUCUUUUACUGGAGAGAAGCAUGCUGUUGUUAGAUACAACAAGUCCUUGAGCAGAGCUUAUGACUCUGGUGUACAAGAAGGUUUGGCUGCUGGCGUAGGUUUUGGUACGCUAAUGUUUAUUUUGCUCUGCAGUUAUGGAUUUGCUGUGUGGUUUGGUGGGAGAAUGGUACUUGAAAAAGGCUACACAGGAGGGAAUGUUCUCAAUGUGAUUUUUUCUCUAUUGACCGGAUCCUUGUCUCUGGGGCAGGCAUCUCCAUGCAUAAAUGCAUUUGCUGCUGGACAGGCUGCUGCAGUUAAGAUAUUUGAGGCAAUCAAUAGGAAGCCAGAGAUUGAUGCUUAUGACACCAAAGGACUAAAAUUGGAAGAAAUCCAUGGAGAUAUUGAAUUAAGGAAUGUUUAUUUCAGCUACCCAUCCAGGCCUCAUGAGCAAAUAUUCUGUGGUUUCUGUCUCUCAGUACCCAGUGGUACAACCACAGCUUUAGUUGGACACAGUGGAAGCGGAAAAUCAACAGUGAUCAGUUUGAUAGAGAGAUUUUAUGACCCACAAGCUGGUGAAGUUCUUAUAGAUGGCGUCAAUCUUAAGGAGUUCCAACUAAAAUGGAUCAGAAAAAAUAUAGGCCUAGUGAGCCAGGAACCACUGUUGUUUACUUCAAGCAUUAGAGAAAAUAUAGCCUAUGGAAAGGAAGGUGCAACUAUGGAAGAAAUAAGAGCUGCUGCAGAUCUUGCCAAUGCUGCUAACGUCAUAAACAUGUUGCCCAAGGGACUAGACACAAUGGUAGGGGAGCAUGGAAUUCAAUUAUCUGGGGGCCAGAAGCAAAGAAUUGCCAUAGCCAGAGCAGUUUUGAAGAAUCCAAGAAUCUUAAUUUUAGAUGAAGCCACUAGUGCUCUUGAUGCAGAAUCAGAAAGGAUGGUGCAAGUGGCAUUGGACAGGGUUAUGAUUAACCGAACUACACUCAUGGUUGCCCAUCGGUUGUCUACAGUGAGAAAUGCAAAUAUGAUAGCAGUUAUGCAGAAAGGAAAGAUUGUUCAAAAAGGUACACUUUCAGAUCUACUCAAGGAUCCCAAUGGAGCAUAUGCUCAGCUCAUACAGUACCAAGAAUUUGUCGAGCCAGUACAGAAUGUUCUAAAGAGUCCAGGGAGUAGCCAUCAUUCUAUCUGGGCUUCAGUGGGGACAUCUCCCAGAGUUAGUCUUUCUGAACAGGCAGCUCCAGAACCACUUAGCACUACCUCUUCAGAGACAUCAAAAAUGCCUCUAGAAAACCCUCUUCGUCGUCUUGCCCUUCUUAGCAGUCCAGAAAUCCCUGUCUUGUUGGUUGGUGCUGUGGCUGCUGUGGUGAAUGGAAUUAUAAUGCCGAUUUUUGGAUUGCUCCUUGCGAAUAUAAUCAAAACCUAUUAUGAAAAAGAAGAUCAACUACGAAAAGAUUCUAGAUUUUGGGCACUUAUAUUUGUUCUAGUUGGUUUGGUGUCUCUAGUUACUACACCAAUGAGCACAUACUUUUUUUCUGUGGCAGGGUGUAGGUUAAUAAAACGGAUUCGAUUAAUGUUUUUUGAGAAAGUGGUCAACAUGGAGAUAGCUUGGUUUGAUGAACCCGAGCAUUCAAGUGGUGCAAUUGGUGCAAGCCUCUCAGCAGAUGCAGCUGCAAUGCGAGGUUUAGUUGGAGACACAUUUGCUUUGCUCAUUCAAAACACCGCAACAGGUAUUGCUGGUUUGGUCAUUGCUUUUCACGCAAACUGGCAAAUAGCUCUUGUAAUCCUUGUGCUAUUGCCACUUAUGGGACUCAGCGGAUAUGUCCAGUUGAAGUCCAUGAAAGGAUUCAAUGCAAAUGCAAAGAAAAUGUAUGAGAAAGCGAGUCAAGUUGCUAGUGAUGCAGUUAGCAGUAUCAGAACAGUUGCUUCUUUCUGUGCUGAAGAAAAGGUGAUGCAGCUGUAUCAGAAGAACUGCGAUGGCCCCCUUAAGGCUGGAAAAAUGCGAGCAUUGAUUAGCGGGAUAGGAUUUGGUCUAUCUUUCUUCUUUCUUUUCUUUUUCUAUGCAGUUAGUUUUUAUGUUGGAGCUCAUCUAGUUGAUCACGGAAAGGCAACAUUCACCGAGGUUUUUCGAGUCUUUUUUGCUCUUAGUAUGGCAGCUCUUGGGAUCUCUCAGUCCAACUCUCUGGCACCUGAUGCAAAUAAAGCCAGGAGUUCUGCAGCUUCUAUAUUCACAAUUCUUGACCAGAAAUCUAAAAUAGAUCCUAGUGACCCCUCUGGAACAAUAAUAGAAAAUUUGAAGGGAGAAAUUGAAUUUCGCCAUGUCGGUUUUCAGUAUCCUUUGAGGCCUGACAUUCAAAUAUUCCAAGAUUUUAGCUUGGCUAUUCAAUCUGGCAAGAUAGUUGCCCUUGUUGGAGAAAGUGGGAGUGGAAAAUCAACGGUGAUUGCAUUACUGCAAAGAUUCUAUAACCCAGAUUCUGGAAAAAUUACUCUAGAUGGAAUUGAGAUUCAAAGACUGAGGUUGAAAUGGUUAAGGCAGCAGAUGGGACUGGUCAGUCAGGAGCCUGUAUUAUUCAAUGAUAGCAUCCGCGCCAAUAUCGCAUAUGGAAGGGAAGCGAAUGCGACGGAGGCAGAAAUUAUGGCUGCAGCAGAAUUAGCCAAUGCUCACUGCUUCAUCAGUAGUCUAAAACAGGGGUAUGAUACUAUUGUCGGGGAACGAGGGGUGCAAUUGUCUGGUGGACAGAAGCAAAGAGUAGCAAUAGCACGGGCCAUAGUGAAGGCUCCAAGAAUUUUGCUUCUAGAUGAAGCAACCAGUGCACUAGAUGCAGAGUCUGAACGAGGGGUUCAAGAUGCAUUAGAAAGAGUAAUGGUGGGAAGAACCACAUUGGUUAUUGCCCAUCGCUUAUCCACAAUUAAGUGUGCAGACAAGAUUGCAGUACUGAAAAAUGGAGAAAUAGUUGAGAAAGGAAAACAUAAAACCUUGAUCAACAUCAAGAAUGGCAUUUACGCCUCCUUGAUGGCUCCCCAGUCAACUGCUUCAUCUUAAAAAUGACCACAAUUAGGAAGAGCAAGGAUUGACAAUUCGUCACACAGGCCGGCCAGUGGGGGAGCUCUUGUUGAUGUUUAUGUUUUACUUACCGGAGCAAUGAUAGAUGGUGAUAUAAUAUAUAAAAUUGUUGCUUUGUGGUUGGUGCAAAAAUACAUACACCCAACUUCAUUUUAUGAAGAUUAUUUAUAAAAAAAAAAAAAAAAAAGUAAAUAAUUUUUUAAUAGAGAAUAAGCUUUCCACACAGAAACAGGAGGGAUUGCAAGA